AGAGAAAUAGUAUACAGAGAGUGUGUGUGUGUGUCAGUGCGCAAAUCAGAUUGAAAAUCAAUCUCUAAUCCAUGAGAUUAAUAUAGAAAGAAGAGCCUGACAACGGUCAUUCAUCAUAUUGGUCUUCACCGCAAUAAAAGAUCAAUGUUUUCGUGUUUAUUUUUCCUCGGUGGAUAGAUAUCUAUCUGUCUAUACACGUAUUGUUGCAUUUGCAUGCAAUUUUUUUUCUCACUUGAAAAACGAUGGAAACAGUGAAGAGGAAAAGAGUAAAGCAGCCGUGAAUCUGAGCUCUCCAUUUUGGGCAUUAAACAGAAAUGGAGGACGAUCUCUGUUUCUGGGCAAAGGACAGCUUGAUUGUGAAACAUCCAAAGAAAAAUUCUCUGGUAUUGAGGAUGCUGGUUUUGAUGUUUGUGAUGGUGUGUGGAGUUUACAUAUGUUCAGUCUGUCUAAAGCAAAUUGGCGGGCACCCAACCGUGCGGUUGUUGAGUUAUCCGAUGGCUGAGAGAGCUUGUGAUGUGGCGGAUAUCGAGCCUUCUGAGAAGCCCUAUGUACAUUUCCCCAAACCAGAGAGUUUCAACAGGGAAGAAUGUGCAUGUAAUCCCGUACGUUACUUUGCAAUAUUGUCCACACAGAGGUCUGGCAGUGGAUGGUUUGAGACGUUGUUGAACAGUCAUAUGAACAUUAGCUCCAACGGGGAGAUUUUCUCGGUUAAAGUUCGAAGAAGUAACAUAUCCACAAUUGUGGAAACAUUGGAUAAGAUUUAUAAUCUAGAUUGGUUCACAAGUGCUUCGAAAAAUGAGUGCACAGCUGCAGUUGGAUUGAAAUGGAUGCUUAACCAGGGAUUAAUGCAACAUCAUGAAGAAAUAGUGGAAUACUUCAACGCUAAAGGAGUUUCAGCAAUUUUUCUUUUCAGAAGGAAUCUGCUGCGUCGUAUGAUUUCCAUCCUAGCAAAUUCUUUCGACCAGAACGCCAAGCUACUAAACGGGACUCACAAAUCUCAUGUGCACUCAACCCAUGACGCUAAGAUACUUGCCAGUUACAAGCCAGUUGUUAAUGCAAGUUUGCUUAUACCGAACUUGAGGCAAGUGGAAGAUCUCGUUAACAAAUCCAUGGAAUAUUUCAAGAGCACCCGCCAUAUUAUCCUCUACUACGAGGACAUAAUAAACAAUCGAACAAAAUUAGUCGACGUUCAGAAUUUUCUGAGGGUUCCUCUUCGAGACCUGAGUAGCAGACAGGUGAAGAUACACAAAGGAUCGCUGUCUUCACAGGUCGAGAACUGGGGAGACAUCGAGAAGGCGCUUGAGGGAACGCAUUAUCAAAGUUAUUUACAUGAAGAUUACAAGUUGUAGGAAUCUGGAUCAUGCUGCUGCUGUAUAUAUAGAAAAUUUAGGGUUACCUUAUUUAUUCAUUAAUUCUUUCAACAGUAUAAGCCAACAGGCAGUUGUUGCUCCAGUUGUAAUUUUGAUGACAGAGUUUUACAAGACACUUUAUGAAUGUGUGUGUGUCUAUGUGUGUGUGUUUAUUUUUAUUUUUGGUAAGCAAGGUGGAAUAUUGUUUCAAACGUCCAAGACUAAUUUUCACCACUCUGCAAUAGUUUGGGAGCACAUUUUUUUAAAGAACAUUUUGGGUA